AUGCUCCGCGUCGAUGCCAGACAGCUGUCGCUCGAUCAUAGGACAGCCGCGCUAGCAGGCGAGGGUAAUGUCUUGCUGGGGGAUAUGGAGGCGCGCGAAGCGUCCAUGCAAGCCUUCGAGGAGAGACAGCGACGCCGCGCGGGUGCGCGCGGGGGGCUGGAGAGCGCGUCGGAGGCCGUCCGCAGGCAAUCCGUACUGCCAUCGCACUGGGCGUCGUCGGCCGCCAGCUGCGACGGGCUGGCGACGGCCCCCAUCCACGAGCGCGAGGCGCCGGAACUGUCGCAGCGGCUCCCCGAGGUCGCGCGGGGCCUGUGCGUCGGCAAGGACUGCGUCCGCAAGAGCGGGCGGCCCGACUCCCGGAUCGAGGUCAACAGGAUGUGCGGGGGCGUCAACGAGGCCGUCUUGCCGCGCGGGACGCGGCCCGAGACGGUGUUCUCGAUUGUGCGCUCCGACGUGAACGAGCGUUUCACGUCGCGCGGCCAUUUCGGUUAUGGAUCCUACCUCGUGGAGGACGCCGGCUUUUCCCUCCACCCCUCCCCUCCCCGCCCUUCCCUUCCCCGCCCGCCGGGGCCCGCGUCGAUCCGAUGGCGCUGCGAUGCAUGUCGGAGCCGCCGAGUCAGCCCGAUUCCGGCUCUGAGCCGAUGCGGUCCGCUUCGGUGCAGUGUCCGAUCAAACCAGACUGCUGGAUUCAACGUUGAGCGGUCUGGCCCGUCCUUUCCCCCGCCCGCCCCCACCAUUCCCCCCCCCGUUCCGCCCCCUGCUCCGCGCCUGGGCGCCAGCGAGGCAGACCGGUGUGCGACGCGGGGCCGGCGUCGCCAGGAUGGCGCGCUCGCGGCCUGCUGUGUCCAGGACGCGAGGACGAGCAUAGGAGCGCGUACUGCGUUUUCGUCUGCCGCGUCGCUCUGGGCUAUGCCGCUGGGUCGCAGAGUGGCGGAUGGAAUGCCGAUGGUGGAUCAUCGCGUUUUCCCUUCCAGCAGGGAGGUCCGUUCAUGGAGGGAGCUUGGCGGCGUUGUCCGGCACACAUCUAUUUCUCUUGUGCCGCAGUUUGGUGAUCGAGACCACGCCCGAAGAGAACUUGAUCUCAAAUUUGCGUGCGGGUGAUCGCCGCGUGUCGAAGCACCGCGAUUUUACAUUGACACAGACUUACAGGGUUUAUCCAGCAUGCUUGUUAGCCGUGCGGAGGCUCAUGUAGUGGGAAGACUUUGUGAGAGAACCAGACGGCUACCCCC